AUGGGCUUCACCGGCACAAAACCCAAGGUCCUCCUCCUGGGAUCUAUCAUCCACGCACACAAGACCUGGGAAUCGCUAGCAGACAUCGCAGAGCUGGUUACGCCCACCGCGACAAACCGCGCAGAGUUCCUGCAGGAAUGUCGCGAUGGGAAGCUGGACGGCGUCGUCGCCGCAUACCGCACCUUCGACUCGAUCAGCAUCACCGGCCUCAUCGACGAGGAACUGGUCAAUGCGCUCCCCAGCUCCCUGACAUACCUCGCGCACUGCGGCGCUGGCUAUGACCAAGUCGACGUGCACGCAUGCAGCGCGCGCAGCCCGCCCGUGCGCGUCUCCAACGUCCCCACCGCCGUCGACGACGCCACCGCCGACGUAAACAUGUUCCUGAUCAUCGGCGCCCUGCGCAACUUCAACACGGGCAUGCUGGCGCUACGCGAGGGUAAAUGGCGCGGGCAGCCGGCGCCGCGCCUCGGCCAUGACCCCGAGGGCAAGGUGCUGGGGAUCCUGGGCAUGGGCGGCAUCGGGCGCAACCUCAAGAAGAAGGCCGAGGCGUUCGGGAUGCAGGUCAUCUACCAUAACCGCCGGCAGUUGAGCGAGGAGCUCGCGGCUGGAGCGGAGUAUGUGACGUUUGACGAGUUGUUGGCGCGCAGUGAUGUGAUUAGCCUGAAUUUGCCGUUGAAUAAACACACCCGCCACAUCAUCAGCACUGCCGAGUUUGAGAAAAUGAAGGACGGCGUCGUCAUCGUCAAUACGGCCCGCGGCGCGGUCAUGGACGAAGCUGCCCUGGUCCAGGCUCUCGACAGUGGCAAGGUCUACUCCGCCGGCCUGGACGUGUUCGAGGAGGAGCCCAAGAUCCAUCCGGGGCUGGUCCAGAAUCCCAACGUGCUGUUGGUUCCGCACAUGGGCACAUGGACGGUCGAGACCCAAACCGCCAUGGAGGAGUGGGCCAUUGAGAACGUACGCCUGGCAAUUGAGACGGGGAAGUUGAAGUCUCCAGUCCCUGAGCAGGCGGAUCUAUGA